GGGGCGAACCAAGGUGUAACAUUGGGAGUCGUUGUGGCUUGAUCUCAAUUUUUGUUUUUGUCAGUAUCAUUUGUUGCUGGGACUAGAACUAACUCGUCACAUCUAGUUAUUAGUCGAAAAAUAAAAAUGCGCGAGUGUAUUUCUGUUCACGUCGGUCAAGCUGGUGUACAAAUUGGAAAUGCAUGCUGGGAGUUAUAUUGUUUGGAGCAUGGUAUCCAACCUGACGGACAAAUGCCAUCUGAUAACACGCUUGGUGGUGGAGAUGAUUCGUUUAAUACUUUCUUCAGUGAAACUGACAGUGGCAAACAUGUACCCAGGGCAGUCUUUGUUGAUCUUGAGCCAUCUGUAAUCGAUGAAGUUCGUCAAGGUACAUACCGAUCGUUGUUUCAUCCUGAACAACUGAUCACUGGUAAAGAAGAUGCAGCAAAUAAUUACGCACGCGGUCAUUACACAGUCGGAAAGGCGAUGAUUGACAAUGUUUUAGAUCGCAUUCGCAAGCUUAGCGAAGCAUGCACCGGUCUGCAAGGUUUUUUGAUCUUUCAUUCUUUUGGCGGGGGUACUGGUUCAGGAUUUUCUUCAUUGUUGAUGGAAAGGCUAUCUGUUGAUUAUGGAAAGAAAUCAAAGCUUGAGUUCGCAAUUUAUCCUGCUCCGCAAGUGAGUACUGCUGUUGUUGAACCAUACAAUUCUAUUUUAACCACUCACACCACUUUGGAACAUACAGAUUGCGCAUUUAUGGUAGACAACGAAGCUAUAUAUGAUAUUUGCCGCAAAAAUCUUGAUAUCCAGCGCCCCUCUUAUACAAAUUUGAAUCGACUAAUCAGCCAAAUUGUUUCAAGUAUAACCGCAUCACUUCGUUUUGACGGCUCACUGAAUGUAGAUCUGACUGAGUUCCAAACCAACUUAGUACCAUAUCCUCGAAUCCAUUUUCCUAUGGCAACUUAUACUCCAAUCAUUUCGUCUGAAAAAGCCUUUCACGAGCAAAUAACUGUCAAUGAGAUUACCAAUGCCUGCUUCGAGCCAGAAAACCAACUUGUGAAGUGCGACCCCCGACACGGCAAAUACAUGUCAUGUUGUUUAUUGUACCGUGGCGACGUCGUUCCGAAAGACGUCAACGUUGCUAUCGCUAAUAUUAAAACAAAGCGUACUAUUCAGUUUGUAGACUGGUGCCCAACUGGUUUUAAAAUUGGGAUUAAUUACCAGCCCCCUGCCGUAGUUCCUGGUGGAGAUCUUGCUAAGGUUUCGCGAGCUGUGUGCAUGUUGAGCAACACAACAGCUAUUGGCGAGGCAUGGGUACGACUUGAUCGCAAGUUUGAUUUGAUGUAUGCAAAACGUGCUUUUGUUCAUUGGUAUGUUGGUGAAGGUAUGGAAGAAGGUGAAUUUAGUGAAGCUAGAGAAGAUAUGGCAGCACUCGAGAAGGAUUAUGAAGAGGUUGGGGCGGACAGUGUGGAUAAAGAAGGAGAGGAAGAAGACGAAUAUUAAAAAUUGUAUAAUAUAAAUCCGUAAUACUAUUUUUCUUGUUAGAAACACAUCACGUGCACAUAAAAA